GAAAAUCUUUAACAUAACAUUUUACGGGAAAACAUGAACCUGGUUGACUUCUCCGUUCUCUCACCGGUUAAAAAGCAAGGACAAAGACUAUCAAGCGGGUCUUGGGCAAUUUGUGACAAUUUCUUUUGCUUUCUGUAGAAUUCAAAUUUAUUCGCAACUACUUUCUUCUCCCAUUGUUGGAUUAAUAAAAAGCAAGGACAAAGACUACCACCGGUUUGUUCUUAAUAGCUACAAUUGGAUUGAGCAUUUUCAGUUAUAGAAUCAUCAAAAUAUAUUUUUCCCAGUGUUUGUGCCAGAAGAAAGGAUGAACACGUGUUUUUUAUAACUGAAACGGACGAGAAGCUCCAUCUCCCUAGUGCUUUGACUUGUACUGAGUGGUUUAUGUGUUUCGUUCCAUGGUGUGUAGAAGCGCAAAUCUGGGUGUUUCAAUUACUGAUUGACACUUGAUUCUAGAAGUCUGGAAUGACAUUAAAGCCAAAUAAAGUGUGGAAGUCUAUUAAGACCUUCCAUUCAAAUGAAAAAUCGGAAGCCCCCUUUUGCGUAUUCCCCAAACCAAUGUCGGAUGUUUAUGGUCCUGGUGAUACACUGGUUUAUCUUAAUGUGUAUGAUUUGACCCACAUGAAUGGCUAUAUCUACUGGGCUGGAUUUGGUGUCUUUCAUUCUGGUGUGGAAGUUCAUGGUGUAGAAUAUGCAUUCGGAGCUCAUGAUUUUCCAACAAGUGGUAUAUUUGAAGUUGAACCAGGUCAGUGCUCGGGCUUCAAGUUUAGGAAGUCGGUGAAUGUGGGGACCACAAGGUUGGAUCCUAGUGAGGUCAGGGAGUUUUUUCAGCGCCAAGCUGCUAUCUACACUGGCGAAUCGUAUCAUUUGAUCACGAAAAAUUGCAACCAUUUCUGCGAGGACAUAUGCUACAAGCUCACGGGGAAGAAAAUCCCUAAAUGGGUUAACCGUCUUGCAAAAUUAGGUUCAACGUUCAACUUCAUUUUACCCGAAAGCCUUAAAAUUGCUGCGGUGAACCAUGACCCAAGUGAAUGUGAUAGUGAUAUCGAAACGCCGAAACGUGAUUAUUGCCACAUCCCUCGCAUUCCAAAUAGGCAGAAGGGGUUUUCAGUGCCUUCGUUAUUCCUACUAGCACCAUUGAAAGGCUGCUUAGCGUCAUUAAAUUUGAGCAAGACUAACAAUCUUUCCCUAAAGGAAAGAUGAUUAAGCAAACCCCCGUUUUGGAUAGCUUAUACUCUUUUUGACAUUACACCGCUGCAAAACAAAAUCAAAGCGAUACCUGCUUUAAUGUAACAACACAUUACUUUGUUUCUGAGUUUUGUGGGGAUGUUUGGCAUUUCAAGACUAGGAAAGCGAUCCUCAAUUAUUGGUUUCUUCAUUUACACUAUGUAACACAUGUGUAACACAUACAUGUACAAACUAAUUACACCUCCAACCAGUUCAAUAUACACAUUAGCUUGU